CUUAGUUGUUUGUUUGGAUCAGUAGGAACCACCUAGUGGACAGUCAUUGUGCGUUAUUCUCGAAAAUUCGGUCGUUCAGAGAAAUGGCGGCUGAGGCGGCGAAAGUGUUCUUCGAUUUAUCUGCAGAUGGCAAGCCGUUAGGAAGAGUUGUUUUCCAACUGUCUGCUGACACUCCCAAAACUUCUGAAAACUUCCGAGCCCUCUGCACUCAUGAGAAAGGAUAUGGCUAUAAAAAGAGUGUAUUUCAUCGCAUAAUCCCGAAUUUCAUGUGCCAAGGUGGUGAUUUCACUAAUGCUGAUGGUACCGGUGGCAAAAGCAUUUAUGGGUCAAAGUUCGCAGACGAAAAUUUCAAGCUUAAGCACAAGCCAUUCGUCUUGUCCAUGGCCAACUCUGGUCCAAACACCAACGGUUCUCAAUUCUUUAUUACUACCGUUGCUUGUCCGUGGCUCGACGGCAAGCAUGUUGUAUUCGGUGAUGUUGUAGAAGGUCAGCAAAUCGUCAAAAAUUUGGAGAAAUAUGGUUCUGAGUCUGGGAAGACUAAUGCAACUGUCGUUGUUGAUGACUGUGGACAGUGCUAAAUUUGGCUCUUCUAUACACCUCUUAUAUAUGUCCUUAUCAAUAAAACUCAGUCGGUAUGAGUAAACCUGCUUUUUGGGUGCCUUGUAUUCUGUUUGACGUUGCCACGGAUGGCAAUCCUCAGUGGUUUUUUAUUUUUUUUCAGAACCACCUAUCUUUCCACUAAUAAACAGUGGUGCACUCGG